AUGGACCCAGACAAGCAGCCCCUGAAUUUCCCUCCAACUGAGCCCCUGCCUGAGGACGCUGCCCUCCAGGAGGCUUCCGGCACACAUACUAUCUAUUUGGGUCACCUGAACCCCCAGUUCUCAGUCCCUGUGCUUGCCUGCCUGCUGCGAGACACCCUGGAGCGGCUGGGCCUGCGGGUGGCACGGGAACACAUCGAGGUGGUGAAGCGGCCUGGCAAGGCCUAUGCCCUGGUACAAGUGGCCACCCACAAGGAGACCCUAGCCAACCUGACCUGGCGCCUGAAUCUGGCCCUGGAGGAGCACCAGAUCCUCAAGGAGCUGGUGGCCCGCGGGAAGGAGCUGGUGUUGAGUGAGGGCCGUAGGCCCUUGAACCGCAGGGAGGAGGACGACAAUGGCCUGAGCCCCAGCCCUGAACCCAGCCCUGGUUCUGGCUCCCGCCCCGGCCCUGAACCCCGCUCUGGUUCCGGCUCCCGCCCCAGGCCUGGCUCCAGCCGUCAGCCAGCCGAGCUCGCCAACACCUCGCCUGUCUGGGUCCAUGCCCCGCAAUGGCGGAGCUGCCAGGCUCGGCCCAGUGGGACGCGCUCGGACAGCGCCAUCGUCAACCAGGAGAUCCUGGGUCAGGAGCGGCUCUUCCAGGGCUCCUUCCUGGGCAGCGAGACUCGCAAUGUGGAGUUCAAGCGGGGCAGCGGCGAGUACCUGAACCAGACCUUCAAGCACCACGUGCGGCGCUACGUGUGUGCCUUCCUCAACAGCGAGGGCGGCAGCCUGUUCGUGGGCGUGGAGGACAACGGCCUGGUGCAGGGCACCCGCUGCAGCCACCGCGGGGAGGACCGCGUGCGCCUGCUGGUGGACUCCGUGCUGCAGGGCUUCAAGCCCCAGGUCUUCCCCGAUGCCUACACGCUCACCUUCAUCCCCGUGGUCAGCACCACCAUGACCAGCACCCCCCUCAAGGUGAUCCGCCUGAGCGUGCACCCCCGCAAGGCCCAGGCCGAGCCACGGCUCUACGAGACGGACCAGGGGGAGGUGUUCCUGCGGCGAGACGGGAGCAUCCAGGGCCCGCUGUCCAUCCACGACAUCCAGGAGUGGUGCAGGCAGAAGUGGAUGGCAGAGCUGAGCAAGCUGGAGACGAAGGUGAAGGCACUGACGGUGGAGAAGGAAAAGCUGGAACAGCAGCUGCAGUUGCAAAGGCCCCCCUCCUGCAUCUGCUGCGUCCUGUGA